CAAAUUAGAGUCGAAUGGAAUUCAUUUGGUUUGAGUGCGGGAAUGAAGGCAAUGAAUGCCAACUCCGAGACAAACAAAUUAUGAUGAGAUCCACGCUUUCAGCACAUCUAUAGACUAUAACAUUGAGACCAAUGUUAAGGAAAUUGAUGACAAAUAUGAUGUAAAGGAAAGCGAAGAACAGGAUUAUAUAAAUAAGUAUCUCUUAACACAUCCGGCUUUUGGCAAAGAAUGGCUGAUGAAGAAUAUAACUCACGAUUUAAUAAAGGAAUGGUUUUGCCUCGAAAGCAGUCAAACAAAUAUUUUAUGUGAUAAUUGGUCCUCAAAAGAGUGUAUUGAAAGACAAACAUCUGAUGCAAGUCAGUUGCCAACCAAUGACGAGGAAUCGCUGACGGCUUCGUACGCAGAGAUUGCAAAAGAGGGCAGAAAUUCGGUCACAUCUGAUCUCUUCCAUCAGAUUGUAGAAUGUGGUCCACGAAAGACAACACGAGUUAUCAAUACAUCCGGCGAUAGAGUGGUGAGGGAUGAGUUGGAGGAUAAGUUGCAG